AUGUUCUCGUUAUAUGCUGCCCCAGCACUUGGACCAAUCAGUAUUUCAGGACGAAUUGUACUGGCCGCAACAUUUCAUGUUCUCAUAGUUUGUUUUAACACAGUGGUGAGGCUGACGAAUUCCCUACCCCUGAGCAGACGGGUUCCUCACUUCCAAGAACAAGCUUUUACGGAAAACAGCUGGACAGCAUCGAAUACCUCAUCAGGACGUGGAAAAGAAACGACCCCAAAUGAAGUGCCAAACUGGAAGGAGUCGAAGCCGUUCGAGGCACAGGUGAUGAAAUUCGUGGAGGUGAUCGAGAAGUCGAUCCAGAUGCUCGAAAGCAACGAAGGUAACGAGGACGAGUUGUUGCUGCUGCUGUAUGAAAUUGGUCGAAAGCACCAGAAGUUCUCUAAGCGUGGGUUUCGCUCUGAUCACUGGCACUGCUUCCGGCAUUCAUUGAACGACAUCGCGAUCCUGGAGGCAAAGAAGUGCGACGGGCUGACCAAGAUCGAAAAGAUCGAAGUAACGGAGGCAUGGAACAAACUGACCAGUUUCAUAGUGACAGCGAUGGAAAAAGGUUACAUGACCAGAGGCCCAAAGUACGAUUCCAACAGCACGCUUUGCACUGCCACAGAGUCGACUUGCUAA